AUGAUUCGAGAAAAGCAAAAUGAGAAAGUACAAGAAGCAAUAGGUCGUGAAGAAGUUGAAACCGGGAGUGGUUUAAAUCAAGAACUAUCUAUUGCAAGAGCCGGAGAUACACGUUGGAGUUCUCAUCAUAAGACACUUGUGCGUUUGGUUCAGUUAUAUCCGACAAUUAUUGAAGUGCUUCAAUAUAUUCAAUAUAUUCGGAAUUCCGAUUUCAAUAAUGUUCACCAAAGACAAGCAAAUGGUAUUUGGACAUACAUGAAGGCAUAUGAUUUUGCAUAUUAUUUACAUUUGAUGAAGCACAUUUUGGGGAUUACUAAUUUGUUGUCUCAAGCUCUUCAAAGAAAGGACCAAGAUAUAGUGAAUGCAAUUCAAAUGGUUAAUGCAACGAAGCAACAACUUCAAACAUAUAAACUUGAAGGAUUUGAUUCACUUUUGAAAGAUGUGGCAUCUUUUUGUGAAAAAAAUGAGAUUGAAAUUGUUGACAUGGAAGAUGAAUACGUUAAUCCAAAAUAUAAAAGAAAAAAGACUAACAUCACCAACCGUCAUUAUUAUGAGGUUGAAAACUUCAACACGGUGUUAGAUAUGCAACUACAAGAGCUUGACAACCGUUUUAGUGAGGUAACCAUCGAAUUACUUACAUGUGUUGGUAGUUUGAGUCCGGAUGAUAACUUUAGUGCAUUUAAUGUUCAAAAGAUUUUAAGGUUGGCCGAGUUUUAUUCGUUUGAUUUUAGUUAUGAAGAAAGAGAAUCUCUUAUGAUUGAGCUAAGCAACUACAUUAUUAUCAUAAGAAAAGAUGGAAUGUUUGCUAACUUGAAUGGGAUAUCUAAUCUUGCAAAGAGGAUGGUGGAAACAAAGAAACAUUUGAGCUAUACGUUGGUCUAUCGUUUAUUGAAGUUAGCAUUAAUUCUACCGGUUGCAACGACAAGUGUUGAGAGGUAUUUUUCGUCGAUAAAAGAUGUGAAGACGGAUUUGCGUAAUCGAAUGGGUGAUGAUUAUAUGAACGAUUGUUGCAUUUGUUAUAUCGAGAGAGACCUUCUUGCCAAUGUUUCGGUCGACGAUACAUCGUAUGUUUAUUGUGUGUUUUCUAAUGAGAUAUGA